AUGCCUCCUAAGAAAUUGACGCCGUACCAAUUUAAAGAAGCUCUUCACUAUGACGCCCCGGUUCCGAAUUUUUUGGCAAAUUUGAACCGACAAAUUGACGAUAAUGAGAGGGCACGAUCAAAGGAAGACGAGUUACCCUCUACUGACGAGGAAGAUGAACUUAUUGCCGAAAAAGAAGAGGAAAGACCUCAGAUCGUUGUGUUGAAAGAGGGAAAGCAUAUGAGCGAACAAGAAGUCGAGGCUUAUUUUAACAGAAAAUCGGAAAAUAAAAAAGGGGAAACAUUCUUGGAUGAUGAAGAAGUGGAAAAUUCAUCUCCAUCGAUUGAUGAAAAAACCGGAAAGAUUCUUUUCCGAAAGCCAACUAAGAACAAAUCCUCAAAAAAUAAUAAUCUCGCCGAGUCCUCAUCUUCGGAUACGGUUAUCGGUUCAUCGACGAAAAAAAAGUCGGUUAAAUCUGAUGAGUCCAUAAAAUCCAUUAAUGAAAUGAUCAAAGGAAUGAAACGCAAACAACAAAAUACAAAGGAUUCAUCGGAUAAAAAAGUUAACCCGAAAAAAAAGUCAAAGCCUAGUCAUCUAAGUUUUAAUGAAGAAGAAUAA